UUGAUCGAUCAAAACAAAAGGCUUAAUUGCACCGACUAACGUUAUCCUCCAAGCAAAUUAAAACACCAAACCCACCAUGGAGCCACUCCGUCCUUUGACCGACUUCCCUCCUUCCAUGUGGGGUGAUCGCUUCUUAUCAUUCUCUCUUGACAAUUCACAAUUGGAAGAACUUGCUAAGGCUAUGGAGGAGCCUAAAGAACAACUGAGAAGAUUGAUAAUCGACCAGACUAUUGAUUCAACCAAGAAACUGAGUCUGAUUUAUUACGUGUAUCGUCUUGGCUUGAGUUAUCAUUUCAUGGAAGACAUCGAUGGCCAACUUGAUAAACUUUUCAAAGAGCUGAACUUGCAAGAUUACCAUGAAGCAGAUCUUUAUACAACUUCUAUUCUCUUUCAUGUUUUCAGAAUCCAUGGUUACAAACUAUCUUCUGAUGUGUUUAAAAAAUUUAAGGAUUGUAGUUCCGGUGCAUUCAAAGAAGACAUGAUUACUGAUGUGAAGGCUACGCUAAAUUUUUAUGAGUGUACGCAGUUGAGAAUAAGAGGAGAAUCUAUUUUAGAUGAGGCAUUUGUUUUCACAGAAGCUCAACUUAAGAGUGUUGAAAAUACACUCGAAGGUAAUCUUGCACAGCAAGUGAAACACGCAUUGAAGACACCCUUUCAUCGUGGGCAUACAAUGGUAGAGGCAAAGCUAUAUUUUCUCAAUUAUCAAGAAGAAUGCUCCACGUAUGACUCACUGCUAAACCUUGCUAAGGUGCAUAUCGAGUACCUACAACUCUUACACAAGGAAGAACUUCGAAUUAUCUCACAGUGGUGGAAGGAUAUGAACUUCGACGUGAUAGCUUCAUACGCAAGGAACAGAGUAACUGAGCUCUAUGUCUGGGUAUUGGCAUUAUUCUUGGAGCCUUAUUAUUCUCAUGCUCGAAUCAUAACAUCAAAAGUCAUAGUGUUCUUGUCAUUGUUAGACGACACAUAUGAUGCCUAUGCUACUAUUGAGGAGAUGCGACUUAUAACCCAUGCAAUAAAUAGGUGGGAAAUCAGUGCUAUGGGUCAACUUCCAGAAUUUUUUAAACCACUCUAUGAAAUUAUAUUGAAGGAGUAUAAUGGAUUUAAGAAACAUCUACCUCAAGAAGGAAGAGUGAAUCUUGUUGAAGCUUCAAAACAUGCACUUCAAGAACAAGUUAGAUCUUACCACCAAGAAGCUGAAUGGAGACAUAUGGGAUAUGUGCCAUCAUUUGAAGAGUAUAUGAAGAAUGGUUUAAUAAGUUCUAGUUACGACCUUCUUUCAAAAACCGCCUUGGUUGGUAUGGGUAAGAUUGUUACUGAACAGGGAUUUGCUUGGUACGAAAGUCAUCCAAAGAUCUUGACAGCUUCGGAAACUAUUUCAAGACUUCAUGAUGAUGCUAAAACUUUCGAGUAUGAGCGUGAAAGAGGAAUGACAGCCACAGGAGUAGAUGCGUAUAUGAAGACCUUUGGGGUGUCCGAAAAUGUAGCUGUCAACGAGAUCAUGAAAAAGGUAGAAAAUGCAUGGGAAGAUAUUAACGAGGGAUGUUUAAAGCCAAGAGAAGUCCCGAUGGAUCUAAUUAGUCCAAUUGUUAAUCUUGCAAGAAUGACAGAUGUGGCAUAUAGGUACGAUGAUGGGUACACGUUUCCAGAAAAGACCUUUAAAGAGUAUAUUACACUCUUGUUCAUUGAUUGAUUGAUUGAUUAAUCACCACAGAUUAUGUUGUUGUUGUUGUUGUGUUGCUUGGCUGGUGCUUCUUUUAUGCUUGUCGCUGGUCAGUGUACGUUUUAUUCAUGUUACUUUCUUCUUGUUGCAUGUUUAGUUGGUUGGUUUUGGUGUUGGCUAAUUUGUUUUGCUGUGAGCUAGCUUGAGUUGUAUUUUAUUCUGUUGUGCUGUUUGUAUGCUCUUCCAGCCUCCCGCUCGUAUUUUUAAUCUAAUGUUUAGCUUGUUUUGUUGCUAAUUAAAAAAAAUUAAG